AUGCGCAAUUCUCGUCUUCGCUCUGUACGAGUGGCAUUAGCAAUAUUUCUGGCAAAAAUACGUCUUGCCCUUAGCAACCGAGUUCUUGCUUGCGUAUUUCGGUUAGCAUUCAAACGAAGUGUCUCUCGCAUCUGUCAUCAAGUACGAGUAGCCCUCAUGCAGGAUUUCGUACCCUAUCACGUUGGCUUUCAACACGUAUCAAGAGAGACCAUUCUUGCUCAACAUCAAACGAUGGUGGCAACAGAACUUUUUACCAAUGGUCGAGAGCAAGUUGUUCUUAUUGCAGAUGGAACUUACCUUUUCUGUCAAAAAUCAUCAAAUAAUGAGUUCCAACGGCGCACAUACAGUCAGCACAAACACCGGCAUCUUGUGAAGCCUAUGAUUAUAACUGCUAGUGAUGGUUAUAUCAUCAGUUCCUUAGGGCCGUUUUUCACGGAUUCAUUAAACAACGAUGCAGCUAUUCUGAAACACUGUAUGCUUAACGAUGAACAACAGGUGUUGUCUUGGCUUCGCGAUAACGACGUACUGGUAUUAGAUCGUGGGUUUCGUGAUACUGUUAACACACUAAAUCGACUUGGUCUUCAAGUUGCUAUGCCUAGUUUUCUACACAAUAGAAAGCAGCUCCCUGCUGAUGAAGCUAAUCGAACUCGAUUCGUCACGAAGAACCGAUGGGUUAUUGAAAGUGUAAAUGGAAAGAUAAAACAGUGGAAAUUCAUGGCUCAAAUCAUUCAAAACUCGACCAUACGGUUUAUCAGUGACUAUUUAGAUAUUAUUUGUGCGCUUAUUAACAAGUACCAAUGCUCAGCUGUGAAAGACAUUGAGAAUGGCAGAGAAAUUGCAACGAAGAUGCGCGAAAUGCUAACAACUGAAAAUCGAUUACAGGAAAGGCUUGCGAAACACACUGGUACAACAUCACUACAUUGGUCAAAGCACAACGCUGCCAAUUUUCAAUUUCCACCACUGACCGAGAAAAACAUUCGUGAUCUUACAUUUGGUUCUUAUCAAAUUAGGAUGGCAAAGUCCUACAUCAUCGAGCACAUCAGACAGUCUCAAACAAAUGAAGAAGAAAUGGAAUUUCUCGUUGAACUUUGUAAUGAACACGAUGACUUAGUUCGAGCACGAUUUCAAUCACGUCACUCAAACAACAAGAACCAUAUUGCUACUGUACAAUUCGACAACCACAAACAACAGCCGAUCGAUGCAUGGUAUUGCACUUGUUCUGCAGGUGCACGAGAAGUCGGGAUGUGCUCUCACAUAACAGCCCUUCUAUGGCACUUAGGUGUUAACAAAGCUGUUAUUUCAACCGAUAAUCAUCCGCUCUCUGCAUCGCGAUUGAUCAAAGCCAUCGACGACAGCACACACUUCAGCGAAAAUGACACCAACUCAGACGACGACAAUGCUUCCGCUCGCAAUGACUCAGAUACGAACAACAGCGAAGAUGAUCUAUCCUGA